GCCCAUUCUACAGAAAUAUUUUCUAUACUGAUGGAUAAACUUUGUUUGUUGAUGAGUUUCUGUUGGUUGAAAAAGGAUCCUGCGCAUUCCUUGGAGUUUUUGCAAACAAUAGUGGUGGUGGUACUGGACCAUAGCUAAACUCUGAUUAUUCUUUUCUUAUCAUAUUGUUUGCCAUCCCAUUCCUUAUUUUGGGGAGUAUCAUAAAGUCUUCAAUCAUAGUAGAGAGUGUCACUGUAAAUGAUCUUUCUGUAAAUACAUCUACCAACAUUCCAGCUCUACAUAUUAGAGGAGUGAUGUUCCAUUGAUUAGAUAGACCUGCAUCCGAUGUGAAAGAUGUACAGGAGUUUUGAACCUGAGAUAGCCUAAUAAUGCUUUCUUCUUCUUAGUGUGCUCAAUUGCUGCUUGACCUUGUUAUUUGCUCAAACAGCGCUGAUCAUUUGGGAAGACAUAUCUUGAGACUGAGGGUAGGAAUCAAUAUCCUGUCAGCCGGUGCAAGUUCAUGGUUGAAUGAUGGACAAAAUAAUUUCUGAGGAGUAUAAUUGAAUGAUGGGUGUGCCCAUAGAAUCCAGUUCCCCACCCACCAAUCAAAACCACAGGAAGAAAAUGAUGGACAUAGGAGGAUACAUGAUCAUGCUGGCUGAAAUGAAGAACAAAAAGAUCAAACUUUAUGGUUCUCCAGCUGAUCGAGCAGAUCUUGAAAUUGGAGAUGAAAUCUUAGAGGUUAAUGGAAGAUCAUUAGAAAAUGCAACCCAUGAAGAAGUUAUUGCACAUAUUCAUCAGUGUGUAAAAUCAAGAACAAUAAAUCUGCGAGUUAAAAGGAGGACCAUAAGAGAUGGAGGUAUCGAUGAUCUAGAGAAAAAGCGAUUACAGCAAGCUUAUGUGAUUGCAGUUGAGCAACAGACAAGGGAUAAGAUUGCCCAGAUUGCUGCUGAUAAUAAUGUGGAGCCUGUAGAUCUUACAACUCUCAACAACUCAAAUCAUCCAGUAGACUUCAACAAUACUCAUGUAGAACUCCAUACUCAUAGCAAUGGAUACGAUGAACCCGAGAACAGUGAAUCUUAUGUGGAACCUCCACUAACAGCAACCUCUGCCAAGGCAUCCAACGAUGGCAACAGCCAUGACCAGUUGAAUCAACUGUUUGGUGAAGACUUUCAGGCAGUGAACAAACCGGAAGGGCAUGACAACCUAGCCUUCAGUUUAGAAUUCCAAUCAGAUAUUAGUGUCCCUGAGACAGAAUCUCCACAUCAUGAAACAUCUCCUCCUGUCCAGGAACCUUUAGUCCAACCAAAAGUGCUCAACGGCGAGGAAGCGCCCCCUUUGGACCUUGCUACACUUGAUGUCCAAUCUAAUGUACAAAGUGCCUCAUUGCCAACUAACAGAACUUGGCAAAAGAACACAAUGCCAGAACCAAGUGCGGCUGUCCAUGUCGGAUCACGCCCCCAACGUGAGAUGGGGGUGGACUGUCCAGCAGAUUUUGUGGCAGCAAGUGGCAUGAAAGAUCCACCUGUUCAAUCAACAGCCAGUGUAAAAGUUAAUGGACAUACUUUGACCAAUGGCACAGACUUGAUCCCAAACUCCAAACAGAACAAUAACCUGAGUUAUAAGCAAACAGGAACAAGCAAAUAUGGUGUUACAAUACAACAGAACUCCAGUCAGAAUAACAGCCAGGGCAGCAUUUCAUUUGAGCCAGUCAGUGAUAGUCCACUUUUUGAAGAUGCAGGCACUUCCAGACAGUACUCUACACCAGGACAGCCUCCUACAAAAAAAAUAUUGAACCUCCAAGAUCUCUUUGCUACUCUAGCCAUUGCACAGAGUAAGCUUGGUAGUCCUCAGGAUAGGGAGGAUUUAAACUUUAUUCAACAGUUCUUCCACAACUCAGAUGUACAGCAUGCAGUUGGUAUCCAACAUACAGUAGGAGAAUUACAAUUAUCAAAGUCACCCCCUCUGCCAGUUGCAGCCAACAGUGAAACACUAGCGGUAGAGAUUGCAUACAGUGCAAGGGGUUCUAAAGGAGAAGCUGAUGAGCUCAGGAGAUUGCUUUCCAAUCCUCUUCUAAGGGGUCUUUUGCGAGCACAUGACAAUGUAGCCAACCCUGACCCUGGUGAAUUACCUAAUGAUGUAUAUCAUGAUAUUGAGCUACCUGAUGAUGCUGAAGAUUCAGUUAAGAUAGUCAGGAUUGAGAAGACAGGUGAACCAUUGGGUGCAACAAUCCUGAAUGAGAAUGAAUGUAUCAUUAUUGGUCGUAUCAUCAAAGGUGGAAUGGCAGAGAAGAGUGGUCUACUACAUGAAGGAGAUGAGAUCUUACAGAUCAAUAAUGAUAUCGUCACUGGCAAAUCAGUUAAUGAACUAUCAGACCUCAUGGCGAAUCAAACUGGUACCAUGACAUUCCUUAUAGUGCCAUCACAAGCCGAUGUGGCCCAUCCACCAACUGCUAAUACUGUACUGAUGCAUAUGAGAGCCAACUUUGACUAUGAUCCUGAGGAUGAUAUGUACAUUCCAUGUCGUGAGCUUGGUUUAUCAUUCAUCAAAGGUGAUAUCUUACACAUUAUUAAUGCUGAUGAUUCUAACUGGUGGCAAGCAUUUAGAGAAGGUGAUGAAGACCAAUCAUUGGCUGGCCUUGUACCAAGCAAAGCUUUCCAAAACCAACGAGAAGCAAUGAAGGAACCAUCAAAUGAUGAUGAAGAUCAAAAACCACAAAAAGCAUCUCUCCUUUGUAGCUGUAGAGGGAAAAAUAACAAGAAAAAGAAGAAGAAGAAAAAUAUGUACAACAACGACCGAAAUGAUAUUGAUGAGCCACUAACAUAUGAGGAGGUAGGCAUGUAUCAACCUGAACCUCAUAGAAAGAGACCCAUUGUACUGAUUGGACCUCCACAUGUUGGAAGACAAGAACUCAAACAAAGAUUAUUGGAAUCAGAUAGAAGAUUCAAAGCAGCUGUACCUCAUACUACAAGAGUGAUGAAAGAGCAUGAAAUAAAUGGUGUUGACUACCACUUCAUCAGUAAAACACGUUUUGAACAGGAUGUUGCUGCUAAUAAGUUUGUAGAGUAUGGAGAUUAUGAAGGAAACCUCUAUGGUACAUCAUUGGAUUCUAUUCAAGCUGUUAUUGACGAGUCUAAGAUCUGUCUUCUAAAUCUUCAUGCUCAGGCACUGAAGAUGCUGAAGAAGUCUUGUUUGAAGCCUUAUUUCAUCUUCAUCUGUCCACCUUCCAUUGAUAGAUUAAGACAGCAGAGAACAGAAGCAGGUCAACUUCUUAAGGAGCAAGAGCUGAGAGAAAUCAUUGACACUGGACGAGGGAUGGAAGAUAUGUAUGGACAUUAUUUUGAUCAUGUGAUCAUACAUCAUGAUCAUGACCGUGCCUAUAAUGAUUUGAUCUCUGAAAUAGACAGGAUACAAAUACAACCUCAGUGGGUACCACUUCACUGGUUAAGCUAAUCAUCUGCCUUCAAUUCAGUCUGGACAAUGACAAACUUCCUAAAAGUCUUCAAAUCACUUAAGGAAAGCUCCUCAGUAUUGCACAAGAUUUGAAAAGGAUGAUACUUCGAUCUAAGACAUUUUGUUUAGUUUUGGUAAUAUCAGAAUAACCACUUAUGAAGCCAUUUUAUUUUUGUUGUAAUAUGAGUUACAAUGCCAUGUUGUCUGACUGAGAAUGCUUCAGGCAUGUCAAAGAUAAGAGGUGUGUUUUCAUGCUCAAUGAAACCACAGCUCAACUAUAAGGCCAAGCCCUUUGGUGUGGCAACUGAAAGUCUAAAUACAGUAAUACACUAUUUUAUCUUGACUAAAAAAGUGAUUAAUGAUUCUUUAAUAUGCCUACUCUAGAUCUACUAAGAAAUGACAUCUUACUUUGUCAUUUUCCCCCUGAGUCAAAAACUAUGAGAAUUCCUGAUUUGUCUUCAAAAGUUGCCUGAAUUUCAUUUGCAUCACAUAAACUGCUAUAUUUUAUUCACUCUCACACAAAGCAACUUCAUGAGAUUUUUCAAAAAUUUGAUAAGUUUUGUAGAUUAUGCCAUGGGUAAAAUGCAUACUGAUUUUUAUCUUGAUUAUGCGGUCAACGU